GACCGCCAUAAUACCAUAGAAGAAGAAGACAGCCCGUACACUACUCAACAUGGAGCUAGCGGUUGAUAAACUGGAGACGAUGUUCCAGAAGGCAGAGGCUAACAUGGAGUACAUGGAGAAGCGGUUGAGACUGGACUUCCUGACUAAUACUCCAGAGAACAGUGCAGCAGAGGAAAACCCUGUGAAGCUACUGGAGAACCUGUCAGCCAUCAAGGCGAGGCAUGCGGCCCUGUGUACACAAGUGCAGGAGAUCGCAGCCGAGCAGAAGCAAUCAAUGGACUCCAUACGAGUGCACCUCGACACCACUGUGCAGCUAGUGCAACAGUUACAGCAGACUGCUGACGUAGAGGUUCCAACACUGACUGAGACGGAGCAGGAGUCUGCAAAGUUUCUUGGUUUAUCAGUCAAUCAAAACACAAUGGAGGUACCAAUGUCUACGGAGCCUCCAGCCCAAGAGCAGCCUCAGUCCUCGAGGGAAGGCGAGUUUGAGGAGCUGAGUGAAGCCACACUGGAGGCCGUGCCGUGCAGCGUGCGCUCCAACGUCAAGCUGGCCAACCUCAAUGCCUUCUACAAGCAGCUGCAUGAGUACUUCUCCUUCAGAAAAAACAGUGGAGCACUCAGUUUGCAGAAGAUGAAGCAGAUGAACAUGAACGUUAGCGACGCCAAGCUGAAGACGUUGCAGCACCUCUCUCGCAUUGAGCUGGACAAGAAAGGGCAUGUUCGUCUGCUAAUAUGAGACUGAGGAACCGGAGGAACCGAGACUAAAAUAUUAGACCCCACAGCACUGAGUAUGAGAUGACUGUAUGAGUGACUGAUUCUGCCCAUCUCUCCUUGUCCCUUUGCUAGGCAUAUUAGCCUCAUUUAAGGGUUUUCAGUUGAAUCCUCAUUCCUACAUAUGCUGUGGUUAGAUUUCAUUUGCUAGAUAAAACAUUUUUUAUGACACCAAAUAAUCUUAUUUUAGAAGGAAUUGACACACCGGAAGCAAGAAUUCCAGAUGGAAUCAAGUCACCACAUGUUUGUAGGGUGCUGUAAGUGGAAGGUGGUUGGGCCGUAUUGUAAAUUAAGGUGCACUAUUUUUGUAAAGAGUUUGAUGUUGGAUAAGUAGGUAGGGUUUUAUGGCUAAUGUAUCAAUCGUACCACUGACUUAACUGUAAAGCUUGUAUCGAGUGUCAAUGUAUUUUAUGAUCCUUCAUUAAAUUGAAAUAUUCCUUCUG